AUGUCAAACAUAACUCCAUCUAAAAUUGGUCACACUAAAACUGAACACCUCAGAUCAAUUGAUAUUAAAAAAACGAAAUUAGCUCCGUUGUGGCCAGAAUGGAAUGACGCUGAUGUGAAUGCAGAGUCGUGGGAUGUGGGAAAAAAGAAAGAAACAGCAGUCAAAGCCAGCACGGAUACAAAAUCAGCAAGUUCUUCUGGUACACAUGGUUUCGAGGAUCCAGAAGGUAAAAUUGAAUUACCACCAUCGUUAAAAGUCGAACACUGGAAACGACCAGUCGAUGUGAUGGGUGAAAAGACGCCAGUGAUUGUUGAACCCGAUCUUGGUAUGCAAAAUUUUGAUUUAGUUACGCCAAAUGAACAUUUACAUUAUAGUGAAACAAUGCGUAAUAUAAUUAGUCAAAUAACAGCUUUAUGGGACAUUUGUCGAAAAGAACGAAAAUCAGUGACGCCGGAUAGCGGCGAAAUGAACCCGGCUUUUCUGUCUGGACGUACGUGGAGGCCAUGGGAGCAUAUUUAUGCAAUUAAUAAAGUAUCAAAACAACCAUUCGUAACACCCUAUAAUCCGGCUGGAAAAUAUGUUGUUCGAUUAUUUUUUCUUGGCUGUUGGCGUAAAAUAAUUGUUGACGACACCAUUCCAUUUGACAGUAAAAAUCGUCCACUUUUACCUCAAACAUCAUUGGGUUACGAAUUAUGGCCAAUGUUGCUAUCAAAAGCCCUUUUAAAAAUCGUUGUUCUAGACUAUAAUCAUACGACCGGAUUUCCAGAAUAUAACGAAACAAGCAUCAUACACUGUCUCAGCGGUUGGGUGCCUGAACCUAUUCCACUCAAAUACAGUCAUGCUGAAAAAGUUUGGAAAUUUCUUCGCAAUGAUCGUUCAAAUAAAUUAGUUGAUGGCGAAGAUAGAAAGUCGAAUGAACAAUCAUCAUUUCAAGGUCCGAUCCCACUAUAUAGAUGGCCAGAUUCAAAAAUCGAUACGGCAGAAGAUGGAAUUUUAGCAACAUCAAAUGAUCCGUUUGACAGAAACGAUGAAACGAUGACGGAAAAUUUGACAAAAAAAUCGGAUGAGAAAAGUGCAAAAAAAGCGGGUGUUGCUGCUGGCGGAGGCAAAGAUCAAACAAAAUCAGCUACGGGAAAAGAGAGUAGGGCGGGUGGUGAUAAGAAGACGGUUACUGCUGCUCCAGGAAAGGAUACUAAAGACAAAAAAGGUGGGCGCGGAACCGAUGAUACUUUAAGCGAAGAUCAAAUAACACCGGAGGCACCCAAAAUGGUUCUAUUUGCUAAUUUCUCACAUCUUCAACCAAGUCGAGUUAGUUCCUAUGGAGAAACAGCAGAUCGUAGUGAAAAACUUCGUCGAUAUAAUUUAAAUGAUAUGUUUUCAAAUCCUGUAUGGCUAACAUGCAUUAGAGAUAUCCCCCUGGAUCCACCGCCGUCUCCCGAGUUCAUACCAGCAUGGAAGAAAAUACGACCCAGAAAACCGAAAGUAUUACCGAAUGCAGAGCCAAGGACACAACAAGAACCAAAACCCGAUCGUUUUAUUGAAAUAACCUCUCCAUAUAUCAGUUAUCCACUGUCAAGUGCACUCAGCAUCACUGCAACACCUGCGCCACCUGCAUCUCGGAUGAGUAGAUCGGCGACCCAUUCAACGAUUGAUGUGCCCGAUAUCGUCGAAGUUGAUGAAGAUGGAGAUAUUGAAAAUUCGUUUCUAGCUGGUGAGCAAAAGAAACAACUCGAUGAUGAUGGUACGAGUCCGAGUGCUGGGAAUAUAAGACAAGAGAGCCUUUCACACGAAGUAGCCGGUGAGGUACGUUCAUCAUUUUUUAUCGCUUACAUUAAGCAAUCGAUUUAUGGUACAAAUUCGUAUUUUCAGUUGAACGAUGCGUCAGAAAGUCUGAUAGAUUCACAGAAAAAUCUUAAACCUAAACGAGAAAAGUCAGCUGACAAAGGUGGACAAAAAGGACAAGAUAAGACCCGAAAAGUUCUGGGAAAACCUGAAACAAAAGACGCGAAACAAGAUGCAUCAUCAAUAAAAAGCAAAAGUGAACGAGGUUUUUAUAGUCGAGUGAAUAAAUUUCCUCCAGCAGUUGCGAGUUCAGUAACCGGUGCGGACCAACAAAAUAUAACACAAGUUGUUCCUGCUCAAGAUAAUGCUCCGGCAAAUAGUGGAGAUGAAAAUACUUUUAAAAUGGAUCAUGCAUCAAAUUCAAGUAAUAAAAAAAAUUAUAUAGCACCAAAAAUAUGGAUGGAAUUCGAUGAUUUUUGCUCAUGUUUCACAUCUAUCGUCGUUUUUCACAAUGUUCGUGGUUAUCAAUAUAAUCACAAAUAUACGGAAAUGAAGAAUUUUAUAUCCCAACAGCCGUCCCUUGCCGCAGCCACGAAAGACAAAAAAAAAGAUUCUAAUUUAGCGCCAACUCAACAACUACCGGUAUCUACAGAUUAA